AUGACAACCCCGAAACUCACGGUAUUUUGGUUGAUCGCGUUCUUGCUAUCGGUGCUUCUGUGUACAAGUUCAAUCUCAAGUACCUGGUCCAACUGGCGAAUGAAUCCCGUAGUUGUGACUUACAACAACAACCCGAUACCAGUCGGAAGAAUCCCUUUCACAUCUUUAACCAUUUGCCCGAUGACUAAGACAUCGGCUAAAAAGUUCAAUUUCACCGAUAUGUAUCGUAAAAUGGAUGGCAAUCGUUCCAGAAAUCUAACAGAAAAAGAAUUAAAGUACAUGCAAAUUGUGGGUCAAGUGUGCGAUGAUCGAAUCAUGCCUGAUAUGUUUGAUUUCUUUUCGAGUAGUAAAAGCAAUUAUUCGGACGACUCAAUUAUGUCUGUGUUCAAUGAAUUGGCACCCGCCUUCGACGAAACGUUUGUAUUUUGUAAAUUGUUCCACAAAUGGUUGAAAUGUCAUGACAUUUUUCAUCCGAUAAUUAGUAGCGAAGAAGGACUUUGUUAUGUGUUCAAUGGAUCUAAUAUAAAGGACAUUGUCACCAAUGGAACAAUAUUCGACAGUUUGGGUAAGAAUCAACCUCCAUCAGAUUGGUUACUCGAGAGAGGAUAUAAAGAGGGUAAUUUAAUACGAGAUCCGUAUCCGCAUCGAGUUUUUGGUACCGGUAAACAAGCCAGUUUACGUGUAUUACUGCGGAUAUUCAAUGAUGACAUUGAUCCUUUGUGCAACGGCGGAAUUCAUGGAUUUAAAGUUGCCUUUCAUCCACCAAAUGAAGCGCCACAAAUAACAAAGAAGUACUUCCAUGUGUCACCGGGCAAGUUGACGUUCUUCACAAUAAGUCCACGGUUCAUACUAGGUUUACCAAAUGCCCGAAAAUACAUGCCUGAUGUUCGGCAGUGCUAUUUUGCCAAUGAACGGAAAUUGAGAUUUUUUAAGGAAUAUACUCAACACAAUUGUGAAUUGGAAUGUAUAUCUAAUUUUACAAAGCGUGAAUGCGGAUGCGUUAAAUUUUCUUACCCGAGAUCCAUAGACACCAAAAUAUGCGGCGCUGCAAAGUUUGUUUGUAGUUCUCAGGCUGAUAGCAAUGUAUAUCGAUCGGGAGCGUUCGAUAAGUGCAAGUGUUUGCCUGGUUGUACGUCGAUUUCAUAUGAUGCAGAAACGACUCAAGUCGAUUACGAUCUGGUCAGUUUUUAUUCGCGCUCUAGAUCACAACCGGAAUUCAAACUGGAAAACUCCACAUUUAGUAGUUUGGUAGUAUCGUUCAAAGAAGAAGCUUUCAUUCCAUCAAAACGGUCUGAAUAUCAUAGUGCUACGGAAUUUUUGGCAAGUACCGGUGGACUGUUUGCACUCUACUGUGGCGCAUCGCUUUUGAGCUUGUUUAAACUUUUGUAUUAUUUUACAUUGCGAGUUUUCUUCACAAAACGUGAACAGCGAUUCAAUCGUACUGUGUUGCCAACUAUUAAAUGUCAGCACCAAGUCAUGAUGACCAAUCAAGAAGUACCUAAUCGUAAUCAAAUCUACAAUUUAUUACCAUAA